AUGCUCCCACCCCCCGAUGACCCCGACUCUACCACCGACACAACAAUCACGUCCACCAGAUCACCCCUCCCCCUCACCACCGACAAUGCCACCACCAACCAGAACAACCACCACCACCACCACCCCCGCAAACCAAAACCCACGCUCCUUAACCCCCUUCAAAAAGGCAUCACAACCUACCUAACCCACCACCACACCGAUGCAAUCCUCCCCCCUUCCUCCCUUCCCAAACGCUUCACCAUCUAUGCCCCCCUCCUCCUCCUUCCCGUCAACGCCCUCACGACCCCACCCGCCUGGCACACCCUCUACGCCUCCCUAACCGCAUCUCAAAGGAACACUCUCUACGAAUGCAUUCUCUCCGCCUUCACGCGCUACAACCUCACCCACAUCGCCAUCAACGCCCCCAUCGCAUUAACCGACGCGCAAGGCACCGAGAACCGCAUGCGCAGUCCCGGCGGCUUACUCCCACUACACGGGGAUUUUGGGCCCUCGCCCAGCACAAUCCUGAAUCUGGAUGCGCCAACAGCGGAGGACCUGGGGCGUGCGUUGUGGGUGAGUACGGUGCAAAACCAUGGCAUUGAGCAGUUUUGGGCACCUAUGUAUACGAUGUUCUCGAGGGGGAAUGUUACGGAGAAGGCAAGGAUAUUGGAUGGCAUGGAGGGGUUGCGCAGGGAGAAUAUGGAGGGGCCAGGAAUGAGUGUGGUGGAUAUGUAUGCGGGGAUUGGGUAUUUUGUGUUUUCGUACCUGAGGCAAGGGGUGCGGAGGGUUUGGGGGUGGGAGAUUAAUGGCUGGUCCGUGGAGGGGUUGCGGAGGGGGUGUAUGGCUAAUGGGUGGGGGUGUAGGGUUGUUAAGGUUGAUGGUGAUGGGGUAUUGGAAGGGGGUAUAGGGGUGGAGGAGUUGGUGGAUGGGUUGAGAGAUGAGGAUAGAGUGGUGGUGUUUCAUGGGGAUAAUCGGUUUGCGGCGCGGGUUUUGGCACAGAUCAGGCAUGUGAUGGAGGCGCGCGGGCGGUGGGCGCCUGUCAGGCAUGUUAAUUUGGGCUUGUUGCCCUCGUCGGCGGCUGCUUGGGGGGAUGCCUGUCGGAUGGUGGAUGGACGGUUGGGGGGUUGGCUGCAUGUGCAUGAGAAUGUGGAUGUGCGGCGCAUUGAGGAGAUGAGGGAUCAUAUCACGAAGGAGAUUGGGAGGUUAAGGGCCACGGCUUUGGAGUUUGAAGAUGUGGUGGCGGAGUGUCGGCAUGUUGAACAGGUCAAGACUUACGCUCCGGGGGUGAUGCAUUGCGUGUUUGAUGUCAAGGUGCCGGCACUGGAGUUAUAA